GCGUAUGGGCGAAUCGAAAAUCUUCCUGUCCGUGCGGUUUUUUGUUUGUUAAAAUUAAACAGAGUGAGGGGUGUAUGGGAGGGACCAGUUUUCAGGACCAACCAAAAUGAACCGUGAUCUGUGCGAUGAAACGUUUCCCAGCAGCCUGCUGAUUGCCUUCGAUGAUCUGAGCGACGAAAUUCCCGUUAGUCCCGAGCCGGUGCUGCUGCAGCCAUUAUCGAAGCAGAUGGAACAGCACAUCAUUAGCACGACUUCUGUCGCCACCACAACCGCUUCCAUUACCACCAGUACCACCAGCACCAUGACAACCACCACUACCACGGUUACCGUUGGCAAUCUGUCGGAUGAGGGCACCGGCAAUCGAACCGGAUCGCGCAUGAUCGUGUCGGGCUCAUCGAACACGUCCAGCGGUCACUCGUCGCUCUCGACGGACGGAGGUGGCAACCGGAGUGCAUCGAGCGAACGUGAUUCAAGCCGCGACGAGCACGGAAAUCGAUCAUCAAUGCCACCCUCGUUCGUACGCACGACGCUCGAGCGGCCAAGCCAGCUCAAGACCGACAGCAAGGCAAAGCUGCGGCAACCACGCUCGCUGGAGAAUCUGCUGCAGCUUUCGACCAACAACCACCCGAAACCACUGAACAAGGAUACCGGUUCUCUGAAGCUCGUCAGCGGCAGCAUAAACAGCUCCAGCGCCAGCAGCAGAUCGGACCGGUAUCUCCGGCAUCGCAACAACAAAUACGCUCACGUGCCGAGCAAGGUGAAGCAGCAGAUCGAUCAGCUGAAAUCGUUGCCCAGGGCUGCGGUGCCUGCGAAUGGCGAUCGCAAAACGCUCGUGCGCCACAAAUCGAUGCCCGAAACGGUCAGCGGUGAGCUUCUGGACGAGAAUGAAGCCCUGGAGCAAGAGAACAGCCUGCCGGUGCUGCGCACGAUGGUGCGAGAGUUGCGCCUCCAGUUGACCAACAUGCAGCAACUGCACGAUUUCUAUCAGGCCAAACAGCUCGAGGAAAUGGAUGGGCUGCGGUACAAGAACGAUUUUCUGCGAAUGGAAAACGACCGGCUGAUGGAGCUGGAGCGGUGUAGGGAGCAGCAGCGCCAGCUAGCGCGCUCACAGCAGCAACAGCAAUCGGGCGGAAGCUGCUACGGAAGUCGCUCGUCGCUCCACAAAGUGCACGCGACCAGUUCGGUCGCCUGCCAGACAAGCCCAACGGUGAGCUUCGAGCUGGACCACUUCUCCUACCGACCGAUCAUCGGUGAACCCGGCAGCGAGCCGCCAGAGAGCCCAAGGGCACGUGCCACCAGUAGUCCAACCGCCAGCGGAACCACACGGCUGCGGCGUAGCACUCGCGUGUCCCAGCAUCACCGCCACCACCAUCCAGUGCCAUCAUUCGCCGAAGAUCUGAUGGACUCACCGGAAUUGGGCGAGUUUUCUCCCGACUACGAGCAGCUUAUUCCGUCACUCGGUCGAGUCGGUCGCGAUCGCAGCAACGCUUCCCUAUCGUUCGGCACCGUAUACCUACCGGAUGGAACCGAUCGGCUCCUACCGGCAGCUGGAGACGGGCUGGAGGAGAACUUUGAUCAGGACGACUUUGCGGAUCAGACCGGCCGUCCGCUCGAUCGCACUGCGAGCAACGCUUCCGGUUGCCGCGAUUGUAGGCGCAGAAAGCGAAAGAAGCGUAAAACGCGCCGCCAAAAACUGGCCAGCCUGUUCUGUCUGCGGCGCCACGAUGAAUCGAUCUAAGGCAGGCGAUCGCGAUAGAUAAUCCGAAGCAACAGGGACGGGGACAGGGGUGCGCUGGCGCAUGGUGGUACAGUGAGUUAGGUGUAGUAUUUAUUUUUUACAAGUUCUAAUGCUGUUCUUUUUGAUGUUUGUUUUUUUUUUAUCUGUGUAUGUAUAUCUGUCCCGGGACGCACAAGAAUUAUACCUUUUUUCGCGAAAGAAGAGCCAAAGACUGCUCCGCGAGUCUCCCAUAA